AUGACUGAAGAAAACGUCGCACAUCGGGUCAUCGUUCGACUGAUCGGAUGUGCAACGAACAGCGGCAAUGUCAAGAGCGGUCUUGUUCGAAUUUCCAAUGCUGAACGACUACAACGUGAAAAUAAGACUCUACGAAAAGAACUUAAAUUCUGGAUACCUUUACAUUCUCAAAACAAUGAAAUCUGCAUCGAAAUGUUGGAACGUACUCGUAUCGAAUCCAAAGAAUUUGAUGAUCUGACUUCAUGUGUCCAAUACAUUCGUUCAUCUAUUCAAAAACGCGUGGUUCUCAUCCUCUACAACCAUUAUGCAAGUAAUAGAAAAAUUGCCAACGAAUUUACCAAAUUCUCUCAAAUCAUCGCAAUCUAUCGUUGUAUCUCUGAAGACUGUUUCAGCAAAUGGUAUACAUGUCGAAUCUUUGAAAAUCAACCAUUGAUCGGGCAGUUUUUAUCUCGACGAUUGCUUCAUACGCCAAUCAAACAACUCGAUGACGCUAGCCAGCUUCUACUCAUGCAGAUUUGUCUAACAGAACUGAUUAUUAAUUUACCUCGAACAAACGAAGCUAAGCAAGAUUUCUUGAAGUUUUGUCGAGAGACAUACAGAACGAAUUCGACCUAUAUGUCCAAAAUCGAAGAAUUCGAACGAACUUACGAUGAACCGCAUGCUAUUCAAUGGUAUUCAGCAGCGAGUAGUUUCGUUUGCCAAAUCGUUAGCAAAACAUGUGCACUGAUGGAUUUCGCUGCAUUUUUUCGAAUUCGUUUUAUUCUCCGCGAUUUAUACACUCAAUUGCAGCAACUUCAUGAACAACAGUUAGCGAAUCUUCUUCGUCGAGACUUAAUCGUCUAUCGAGGCAAGAAGUUGUCAAAAGAAGAAGUGAACCGCCUGAAAAUCAAAGGAGAAUUGUUCGUCACGAGAAAUUUUCUCUCAACAUCAAUACAAGAAGAUGUCGCCGGUAUGUUUUCCGGAGAAGGUACUCGAAAUGAAGAUGAAAUAUCUGUUCUAAUCUGCAUGCACAUCGAACAGACUGAAGUUCAAGAGAAGCCAAUUGCUUUUAUCGGUGAAAUGAGUUUCAUGCAGUUCGAAGAUGAAGUCAUGCUACCUAUGGGUCUAGUGUUCCGCACGGAAUCGUACGAAGAAAUCAACGACGACGAAGCUUAUGCAAUAAAAAUCAAUAUGGUGCGUGGAAAUGGUGAACGACAAAUCGAAAAAGAGCAAGGUCGAUAUCGACUUUUAACUGAAACGGGUCAAACUGGUAUGAUCAAUGGUAUGGCUGCUCUGUUGAAAUCGAUGAAGAAUAAUGAAUAUGUAGAAGAAUUUAAUCAACUGAUAUCUAACAGUGAACUUGCUGAACAACUUCGGCUGGACUCUUCAGAAAAAAGUUCUCUGAGUUCAUUGAACAAUGUGUUUCUCGCAAUGAAGCAACAUCCUAUUUAUCUAACUCUCACGUUUAUUGGUAUUAUUAUUGUAAUUGCUGCCAUUGUCACGCCACUGGUGAUUCUUCUUCCUUCGAAUUCAAUUACACCUAUUGCAGAAAUCAACGUAACUGAACCAUGCAUCAUCAAUACUUUUAAAGACACCCAUGUGCUUGAAAAAUACCAAGCGUCACGUAUUAAUAUAAAUUGCUCUCUUAUUCCCACUAAUAUGGUUCUUAUAUUAAAUGUGGAUCGUACACACAAUGAAAAGAAUCUAUCAAAUACUCACUUUCCUCCAAAUCAAUUAGUUCACAUAAAAUGGGACUACUUAGAGAAUCCGCCAACGCUUACCUAUACUUGGACUUUCGAGCGACAAGAAGAUGUCGUUGACACCAUGUUCUAUGGUUCUGUCUUGGUGCGGUUUUUAUACGAACAGAACGGCACCCGUCUUUCAAAUAAUGAUAGUUGGGAAUUCUGGUUUCAAAUCACGGAUGGGGCAAAUCGUACGAUGUCUGGUUCUUUCGACUAG